GUUCGAAUGUCCUAAUUACAACGUAAUAGCUAUGUGAUUGCGAAUAUUUUAGAAAUUCAGAUAAAUGUUUCUUGUUUUGCGAUGUCUACAAUACGUAAACCCACGUGUGUUUUUUAAGCAUAUGACAGAACCUAUAGUAUUGGUGGGAACUGGAAACACUGUAAAGGCAUUCUGAGCUGCUCAUGAGAGAAACUCUUGCUAAACUUCAGCAAACCUACGGUUUUGUUAAGAGCCCACUUUUUUGGUGGUUUAGGGCACUUUCAGAAGGG